AUGGAGCCGGCCGGGCUGGAACCGGAGGAGAUAGAGCCGGCCCGCGAGGCGGAGGAGCCUCCGGGGUGCCCGGCCCUGCCCGCUGAGGCCCCUCAGGACAGCCCGCCAGCCGCGGCUCCCCCGGGGGAAGGGGCGCUGCCCAGCGCGCCCAGCCGGGAGCAGGAGCGGAGCCGGCGCGGAGCCGGCGCGCAGGGCUCGGCCGGGCGGGCGGCCCGGGGCAGGGCCCGGCGGGCCUCGGGCCGCCGCAGCGGGGGCGAGAACGCUCGGCGGCCCGGGGUCACGGUGGACAGCUCCAAGGCCAAGACCUCCCUGGAGGCCCUGAAAAUCAGCCUGCGGCAACUCCGCUGGAAGGAGUUUCCGUUCGGCCGCCGCUUGCCGUGUGACAUCUAUUGGCACGGGGUGUCAUUUCAUGAUAACAACAUCUUCUCAGGGCAAGUCAACAAGUUUCCAGGCAUGAUGGAGACCGUUCGGAAAAUUACCCUGAGUCGGGCCAUGAGAAUAAUGCAAGAUCUGUUUCCUCUGGAAUACAACUUCUACCCUAGAUCCUGGAUUCUGCCAGAAGAACUGCCUCUCUUUGUGGCUGAGGUUCGUACGAUGAAAGACAACAAUCCAUCCUGGAAGCCCACGUUUAUUGUGAAGCCUGAUGGAGGCUGCCAGGGGGAUGGAAUCUACCUCAUCAAAGACCCAAGUGACAUCAGGCUGACAGGGAGCAUCCAGAGCCGGCCAGCUGUGGUCCAGGAGUACAUCUGCAAACCACUGCUCGUGGACAAACUGAAAUUUGAUAUUCGUCUCUAUGUCCUGCUGAAAUCCUUAGAACCCUUAGAGAUUUAUAUAGCCAAAGAUGGACUUUCUAGGUUUUGUACAGAGCCCUAUCAAGAGCCCACUCUCAAAAAUUUGCACCAGGUUUUUAUGCACUUAACCAACUAUUCACUAAAUAUCCAUAGUGGGAAUUUUAUCCAUUCUGACAGUGUAAACACUGGCAGCAAGAGGACUUUUUCAAGCAUUCUGUGCAGACUGUCUUCCAGAGGAGCUGAUGUCAAAAAGCUCUGGUCAGAUAUAAUUUCAUUGGUGAUUAAAACUAUUAUUGCACUGACACCAGAACUGAAAGUUUACUAUCAGUCUGACAUACCAGCAGGAAAGCCUGGGCCUACUUGCUUCCAGAUUUUAGGGUUUGACAUUCUCCUGAUGAAAAACUUGAAGCCCAUGUUACUGGAAGUAAAUGCAAACCCCAGCAUGAGAAUAGAACAUGAACAAGAGCUUUCUCCUGGAGUAUUUGAAAAUGUCCCAAGCCCUGUUGAUGAAGAAGUGAAAGUUGCUGUCAUCAGAGACACUCUGAGGCUGGUGGACCCUCAGAAAAAGAAGAGGAAAGAUGCUCAGUGCCAGAAUUCGGAGCAGGCGCCGGAGGCGAGCGAGGAGCUGCCGGACGCUGCCCCCGGCGCCGAGGCUGCUCUGCCCUCGCUGUGCCUCAAGCAGGUGUUCCCCAAGUACGCCAAGCAGUUCAGCUACCUGCGCCUCGUGGACAGGGUGGCCGCCCUGUUCAUCCGCUUCCUCGGGGUCAAAGGGACCACCAAGCUGGGGCCGACGGGAUUCCGCACCUUUAUAAGAAACUGCAAACUGAGUAACAGCAAUUUUUCAAUGGCUGCUGUAGAUAUUCUGUAUAUUGAUAUCACAAGGAGGUGGAACAGCAUGGGCAUUGAUCACAAGGAAUCAGGAAUGUGUCUGCAAGCCUUUGUGGAAGCCUUCUUCUGCCUGGCCCAGAAGAAAUACAAGUCUCUGCCGCUGCACGAGCAGGUGGCGUCGCUGAUCGAGCUGUGCGAGUGCCGCCUGGCCGCCCUGCACGGGAAGCGCCUGCUCUGGGGCUGCGGCCUGGGCCAGCGCCACGGGGCCCUGCCAGCCACGGCCACCGCCCCUCGGCCCCGCGGCCACCAAGUGCUCAGACUGCAGAAACCAUCACAGCUAAGGGCGCUCAUGUGCCGGGACAGAACUGGGAGUUAAUGCCCAGCCAGGUAUGUGAACUGCUGGAGGAGAGACUGGCGCCGCAAUCUCUUCAUUUCAGAGUGACAACUAUUUAUUUCAGCUGUAUUUUUUAUUUAUGCUUUUCAAAAAAGUCUACCGCAACCCCAUGUUUUCAAAUAAUGACCCUGGCAAUGACUAUUUCUUCACCUCUCUGUGGGAUUUAUGGUGCACAUCCUGUGACAAACUGAGCAUUCAUCCCGAGUGCAUGGAAGAGAAGGACCAAACCACAGGGAUGAUAACCAGCAUCGUGGAAUUGGCUGCACUGAGGCACACUCGUGUCACAGGAAUUAGAUUGCUUUGUGUGCACAGGAUGUGUCACAGAAACCAGGGAAGGAACUGCAGUCACAAAUACCAGACUGGAAAACUGAAAUCUGGAAUUAAACUUGUGGUCAGACUUCAGGCCUUG